AUGGCAUUUAAUAAAUACGCAAUCAAUGACUUAAAUCUUGCCAAUAAACGAAUUUUGAUGAGUCAAUAUGUAUAUCGAGUUUUAAUCUUUGUUCUCUCUAUCAUUUUUAGAGUUGAUUUUAACGUUCCAAUGAAAGAUGGAAAGAUCACUAAUACUCAGCGAAUUGUGGCUGCCUUAGAUACUGUCAAGUAUGCAUUAGACCAUGAUUGCAAAUCUGUUGUACUUAUGUCACAUUUGGGUCGACCUGAUGGUCAAAGAAAAAUGGAAUAUUCAAUGGCACCAGUAGCUGAGGAACUCAAGACUCUGCUCAACAGAGAAAUCACGUUCUUAGAUGAUUGUGCGGGACCUUCUAUUGAAAAUUCCUGUCGAGAUCCUCCACAAGGGAGUGUGAUACUGCUUGAAAAUUUACGUUUUCAUAUCGAAGAAGAAGGCAAAAAUGAAGCUAAAGAGAAAGCUGACCCAAUCAAAGUUAAAGAGUUCCGACGGUCCUUGCGUGCGCUUGGAGAUGUGUAUAUAAAUGAUGCAUUUGGAACAGCACAUCGUGCUCACAGUUCUAUGAUGGGAGAAGGAUUUGAGGUUCGUGCUGCUGGGUUUUUAAUGAAAAAAGAACUUGAAUAUUUUUCAAAAGCUUUAGAGGAGCCAGAAAGGCCUUUCCUAGCAAUAUUGGGUGGAGCUAAAGUGAAAGAUAAAAUACAAUUAAUUAAUAAUAUGCUGGACAAAGUGAAUGAAAUGAUAAUAGGAGGUGGAAUGGCUUAUACUUUUUUAAAAGAACUGAACGGAAUGACGAUUGGAGACUCUUUAUAUGAUGAAGAGGGAGCUAAGACUGUGCCUGAUAUUAUGGCAAAAGCUCAGGAGAAAGGUGUGCAGAUUCAUUUACCUGUGGACACUGUAACUGGUGAUAAGUUUGAUGAGUCUGCUACAGUUGGAGAGUGUACAGUGGAUCAAGGAAUUGCUGAUGGGUUGAUGGGGCUUGACAUUGGGCCUCAGACUUGUCAAAAUUAUGUAGAAGUUGUUCGCAGGGCAAAGCUCAUUGUUUGGAAUGGGUAA